GUCCAUAUAAAAGUAGCCUCAGGUUUUUCCUCUAUCUAUUCUCUCAGAUGUAUUAUCUGCAAUUUUACAAGUAUGGCAUUUUCAGUUUCCAUGAAACAUGGGCAAUUGUUUUUAGCAGUAGUUCUUCUCUGUAUGUCUGUGUUUUGCUGCAACAUAGGGAAGGCAUAUGAUGAGGAAGUGCCUCAGACAGGCACAGGCCUUGCAGGAUAUGAUCCUUUCACAGGUUCAGGCGUUGUAGGACAUGUGCCUCAAACAGGUAUUGGCGUUCUAGAAGAUGAGCCGGCUGGAAUUCUUGACAAAGCCUUGCUGUGUUUUAAUGAGAAACAUAUUUACAGCAGCUGCGAAGAAGCCUAUAGAUUAACCGAGACUGGAGAUAUCAAAGUGCCUUAUGCAUAUGUUGAACAAUAUUGCCAUGGGCCAUGCCUCUCAGAGACCCAUUUGGUGCUCAAUUGCGUAGAAAACGUUAUGAAGCACUUUGUAUUCUACAAUAAGGCUACCAUAGAGGCUAUUAGAGAAACAAUCAAGGCAGGAUGCAGCUAUGGCCCUGAAAGAGGUGACUUCAAUGUGGCUGAGCACCUUCAAGCUGAAGAAAACAGAGCAGACAAGACUCAAAUCAAGAUUCUCUCUGGACUUGGCUUGGCAAUCAUAGGGCAUACCAUACUGUUCUAAUAUUUAUGACGAUGGUACAAUUAUUUGUUUAAGGCAUAUGGAAGAAUACAGUUCUCUUUCGCCACUGCUAUGUAACUCUCAUGGAGUAAAACAAUAAUAAGACUAUAUAUGUAUCUUUUCAAACUGGACUUGCUGGGUGUCUUCUUGGCCCUCCAGUAGUAAACUCCCUGCAAAUUUCUUAUUUCACCUGUAAUUUACUCAACCUGUAAUUGGUUGUAAUUAAUAAAUCAGUGAUUUUAGAAAUUCAAA